UCAAGUACGUUACAUUGAGACAUUACCAUUAAAAGCACAGUUUAUAUGAAGCCAAGCAUUUACUCACCAUUUGACCAGGAGACGUUUGUGCGUGUGUUUGCUGACUAAGAAUGCUGUCUGAGAAGGAAGUCAUGGAAAGUUUCGGCCACAGGAGCCUGGUGCUCGCGGUCUACAUCAUCACCUUGCUGAUUGGCUUCCCAGCCAAUGUUGUGGCCUUUUACACCUUCAGCAAGAAGGUGAGGCAGAAAGCCAUGCCCAUCGACAUCCUGCUCCUCAACCUGACCAUCUCGGACCUCAUCUUCCUGUUCUUCUUGCCCUUCAAGAUCAAAGAGGUGGCGGACCACAUGAAAUGGAUCAUGCCCCACUUUCUGUGUCCAUUGACCAGCUUCGUCUUCUACACCACCAUCUACAACAGCACCUUCUUUCUGACCGCAAUCAGUGUCGAACGCUACCUGGGAGUGGCCUUUCCCAUCAAGUACAAACUAAAAAGACGGCCUUUGUACGCCACGGUGGCUAGCGUCUUCUUCUGGGCAAUCUCCAUGGCGCACAUUAGUAUCGUCUACAUCAUUCAAUAUUUUGACUAUUCCAACACCACCCGGACAGACCCUUUGAACCUGGACAGGUGUUAUAAGGAUUUCACCCCGGAGCAGCUGCAAGUCCUGGUACCUGUCCGUCUGGAGCUCUUCCUGGUUCUAUUCUGUGUACCUUUCUUCAUCUGCUGCUUCUGUUACAUCAACUUCAUCCGGAUCCUCUCUCAGCUGCCCAGCAUCAACCCCAAGAAACGUCAGCGGGCCAUCGGCAUGUCUCUGGGGACCCUGCUGGUGUUUAUCGUCUGCUUCGCGCCCUACAACUUGUCACACGUAGUGGGCUUUGUCAACUGGGAGAGUCCCAAAUGGCGGGUGGGCGCACUCUUGUCCAGUACCGUCAACGCCAGCCUGGACCCCAUCAUCUUCUACUUCUCCUCAUCGGCCCUCAGGUCUACCUUCCACCUCUUCAUGAAGAACCUGGUGGAGAGGGUGCAGCGGUUGUGCUGCUGCAGUAAGGCUCUCUACUGCCCCCUGUUGUUCUGCUCCAGAACUCAGAAGGACAGCACAGCAAGCACCAAUGACAGCUCCUUAUAGUGUACAUGUCAAACUCAUACCACAGAGGACUGAAUGUCUGCGGGUUUUAGCUCCUCCCUUGUACUUGAUUGAUGAAUUAAGGUCACUAAUUAGUAAAUAACUCCCCUCACCUGGUUGUCUAGGUCUUAAUUAAAAAGAAAAAACUAAAACCCGCAGACACUAGCUCCUCCAUGGAAUGCGUUUGGCACCCCUGUUAUAGUGUGUAGUCAAGCCACAUGGUACACAUGCUAAAUGCUAGCCUGUUCAAUGUAUUUAUUGCACUUAGGUUCUUAUGGAAAAGACUGAGGACUAUGCUAUCUGUCUUUAUAAGUAGCCUAUACAUUAAUCAGUGCCGGUCGGUGCCAAUUAGGAUGAGGGAGGAUGAUUCUUUUUUUUAUGAGCAUGGCCUUAUUUCUAUUACAGCAUAUUGGAUUACUGUCAUUCAUUUUCAAUUCACCCAGUUCAAUGUCACAUCGAUAGGUUUGGGCUACUGUACGAUACUCAGAUUUGACCUAUACCCAUCAUGAGUUUGCAACAAACUAGCCUAUGAAUGAAAAUGUACAACGUAGGUGCAAAGGGUUGAGAGAAUUUUGAGUAAUCAAGGUGACAGACAGUGACACAUUCAUUACUGCCUUGCACACUCUUGCCUGCAUC